ACUAUGGAUAGGUCUGAAAAAAUGAGGUCCCGGGUUUUCUUUCCGGAGUUCGGGGAAUAUCACAAUUGGAAUACAGAGAACACAGGUUAAGAGUCCCCUGAAGUUAAGGCUUGUAGCACUUGAGGUAGGCAAUAGACUUAGUGUAUGUCUCUGAACUGAUUUGAGUUUCUUGUGAUACAGUAACCCAGCUCGGUCUGCCGGUGUUUACUACCCGAACAUCUGAAGCUAUCGAUCGAUAGCGGAUUGAUGCCCCAAUUUUCAUCGGCUAGAUCCCCGUAAAUGCGGGGCUGGAGGGGUAGCUGUCACAAAACGUCAUUGUAACCUUAGUCCAUUGCGUCUUUCUUAGAGGGGAAGCAGCUUUAUACUGGUUUAUCCUGUCAUGUUGAUUAGCAAUCAUUGAUACGUUUACUGUAACUCUUGUCUUCGACAACUACGAUACCUCCACCCUAUGUCUUGUUUCCGUACUUUGUUUAGGAUACCAACAAGAUCGUAUACUCUAAAUACCCCAAAGCAAUUCAUAGGCGUUUGGCGCACAUUCGCAACCAUGGCGUCAACUACGAAUACAAACAACUACAAGUUCAACCACUCUAUGCUCCGAGUGAAAGACCCUAAAGCAUCUGUCAAAUUCUACGAAUUCCUCGGCAUGACCGUAGUCAAGCAUCUACAAUUCCCCGAAUCCAAAUUCGACCUCUACUUCCUAGGCUACGACAGUCCAUCCGCGCACUCGCACGGGCGGAGUACAUUCGACCGUCAAGGGCUUAUCGAACUCACGCAUAACUACGGCACCGAAGACGAUCCCAACUACAAGAUUAAUAACGGAAACGCGGAGCCCCAUCGUGGGUUUGGUCAUGUGUGUAUUGCGGUAGACCAUAUUCAGGCGGCGUGUCAGAGGAUUGAGGAUGCCGGGUAUAGGUUUCAGAAGAAGUUGACGGAUGGGAGGAUGAAGCAUAUUGCGUUUGCACUGGAUCCUGAUGGGUAUUGGGUUGAGGUUGUUAGUUUGAGGGCGGGGAGUAAGGGGGCGGAUGAUCCGGAGGAACAGGGGGUUACGACGGAUGUGACGACGUAUAGAAUGAACCACACGAUGAUCCGCGUCAAGGACGCCGAGAAGUCCCUUAAGUUCUACCAGGAGGUUCUGGGCAUGACUCUGUUCCGUACUGUUGAGCAGCCCGCUGCGAAGUUCAACUUGUACUUCCUCGGGUACCCCGGCGAGAAGGGCCUUCCCGAGGGCGGGUUCACGGCCGAUUAUGAGGGUUUGUUGGAGUUGACGUGGAAUUAUGGUACCGAGAAGGAUGAGAACUUCAAGUACCACGAUGGUAAUUCAGAGCCCCAAGGGUUUGGACACAUUUGUGUCUCGGUUGACAGCCUCGAUGGUGCAUGCUCGAGAUUCGAGAGCCUAAAUGUCAAUUGGAAGAAGCGACUUACGGAUGGGCGCAUGAAGAACGUUGCCUUCGUACUUGACCCUGACGGAUAUUGGGUUGAGAUCGUUCAGAAUGAGCGUUUCUCUGGACAGGAGAACUUCUAAAUUCAAUAGGACUCAAUCAAGUUUACCAUGAUCUUCAGCACGUAGUAUCAGAUGCGGUGGCAGUAGGAGAAAUAGUAAAAGUAGUAUUUAAUGAAUAAAUAUCAAUCAAAUUCUGGAUUAAUACAUAAUAAUUUAUACGGUUGUGGUUAAUAUAUACUUGA